AAAAUGACAAAGGCCCAGGGAUCAUUGUCAUUUGAGGAUGUGGCUGUGGACUUUACCAGGGAGGAGUGGCAGUUUUUGGACCCAUCUCAGAAGAUCUUAUACAAGGAAGUAAUGUUGGAGAACUUCAACAACCUAGUAUCAGGGCCAUUAAAGCAGUGGAACUUGAUGAGAAGACAUGAGGAGUGGGUGUUGGUUGAAAAAAGUUUUGUUAUCCAGAAUACAAGAUGUGCGGGAAAAGAUUCUGAUGAAUUCAGUGGAUGUGGGAAAUCAUGUCUCCAUGUCAAGUAUGAUAAAACUCUUACUGGAAUUAAAUACCAUGGAUGUGUUAAACCCAGUAGCACUAAAUCAUGGCUCACUGACCAUCAGAAAACUUAUACAGGAAAGAAACUACAUGAAUGCAGUGAUUGUGGGAAGGCCUUCUGCAAGAAAGCACAGCUCAUUACACAUCAGAGAACCAAAAGAGGAGAGAAGCCUCAUGGAUGCAGUGAAUGUGGGAAAACAUUCAUGAGGAAGAUUCAGCUCACUGAACAUCAGAGAACUCACACAGGAGAAAAACCCUAUGAAUGUAUGGACUGUGAAAAAGCCUUCUCCAGAAAGUCACAGUUCAUGGUACAUCAAAGGACUCAUACAGGAGAGAAACCCUACAGAUGUAGUGAAUGUGGGAAAGCCUUCACCUGGAAAUGCCUGCUCAGUAGACACCAGAGAUCUCAUACUGGAGAGAAACUCUAUGGGUGCAGUGUAUGCAGGAAGGCCUUUUCUCAGAAGGCUUACCUCAUUGCACAUCAGAGACUUCACACAGGAGAGAAGCCUUACGAAUGCAGUGAAUGUGGAAGAACCUUUUAUUUUAAGUCCGACCUGACCAAACAUCAGAGAAUUCACACAGGAGAGAAACCUUACAAAUGUAGUGCAUGUGAGAAAGCCUUUAGAAGCAAGUCAAAGCUCAUUCAGCAUCAGCGAACUCAUACAGGAGAGAGACCAUAUUCAUGCAGUGAAUGUGGCAAAGCAUUUGCCCAAAUGUCAGUUCUCAUUAAACAUAAGAAAACUCAUACAAGAGAGAAAGUUAUAUAUUCACUGAAGGUGGAGAAACCUUCCUCAGGGAGUCAUACCUCUUUAUAUAUGAGCAAACUCAUACAAGAAGGAAACCUUGUAAACAGUCCUGCAGAAACGCCUUCCUUAGGGACCCCACCCUUAUUAACCAUCAGUGAGCUUCUCUGGGGUAGAAAUGUAGUGAUUGCGGAACAACCUUUUCCAAGAAGUCAAGCUUUAGUAGAUAAUCAGGAGUUCAAACAGGGACUAAGCCUUGCAAAUGUAGUGAAUGUGACACCUUCGGUAAUAAAUUGUGUCUUAUGUGUUGCAGAUAUUACAUAGAGAAAAUUCUCUAAUACUAGAAAGUGGAAAAGUUUUUAGCAAGAAUCAU